CAAACAAUCACAAACACAUUUCCAAUAAUCUCUCUAUUUUCUUUGAUAUUUUACUAAUUUGUGAAAUGGCGAAAUCACAUGAAACAGAGCACCCUGUGAAGGCCAUUGGAUUGGCUGCCACAGACUCAUCUGGCCAUCUCUCUCCUUUCAAAUUCUCCAGAAGGGCAACUGGUGAUGACGAUGUGCAAUUCAAAGUGUUGUAUUGUGGGAUUUGCCACACCGAUCUUCAUUACCUCAAAAACGAGUGGGGCGUCACUCAAUAUCCCAUUGUUCCUGGGCAUGAGAUUGUUGGUGUGGUGACAGAGGUGGGAAAGAAGGUUGAGAAGGUCAAAGUCGGAGACAAGGUUGGUGUGGGAUGCAUGGUCGGAUCCUGUCGAUCGUGCGAGAGCUGCAAGGAAGAUCUUGAGAAUUACUGCCCCAAGAUCAUCCCCACUUACGCUGCUCCCUACCAUGAUGGCACCAUCACCUACGGUGGUUACUCCGAUAUCAUGGUUACUGACGAGCAUUUCAUUGUUCGUAUCCCUGAAAACAUGCCAUUGGAUGCUGCUGCUCCUCUUCUAUGUGCCGGCAUCACCACCUACAGCCCCAUGAGAUACUUUGGACUAGACAAGCCCGGGAUGCACAUCGGAGUUGUGGGUUUGGGUGGACUAGGCCAUGUCGCCGUUAAAUUUGCCAAGGCUUUCGGCUGCAAGGUCACAGUCAUUAGUACUUCCCUCAGCAAAAAGGACGAGGCACUUUCACAUUUGGGCGCAGAUUCGUUCUUGAUCAGCAAAGAUGCUGAUGAAAUGCAGGGUGCCGUUGGAACAAUGGAUGGUAUUAUUGAUACAGUAUCAGCACAUCAUGCUUUGAUGCCACUCAUUGGCCUCCUGAAGGCUCAUGGAAAGCUCAUCAUGGUUGGUGCCCCAGAUAAGCCUCUCGAGUUACCGGUUUUUCCUCUCCUUGCAGGGAGAAAGAUGAUUUCUGGGAGUGGGAUUGGAGGGAUGAAAGAGACUCAAGAAAUGAUUGAUUUCGCGGCCAAGCACAACAUAAAGGCUGAUAUUGAACUAAUUUCAGCUGACUAUGUUAACACUGCGUUGGAGCGGUUGGCCAAAGCUGAUGUGAAGUAUCGCUUUGUGAUAGAUGUUGCCAACACUCUCCAACAAUCUUGAACUCAACUCUUUGAUGGAAGCAGUUGUUCUUCUCUUGUUUUGUUUGUCCUUGGCAGAGAUUGUUCUUCUCCUCUCCUUCUUUCAAUUUUAUACAUAUAUUCACUGUUGAAUUAUCUUUGAGUUUGGUACCUGUGAUGUAUGCACACAUAUUAUAAUAAAAAUAUACUUUUGUUAGUUAAA